GGCGGCGGCGGCGCCGUGUCGUCCAAAGAGAUCGACGAGGACAUCCAGGAGGCCAUCAGGCUGCACGAGGAGGGCGACCUCCUCGCCUCGUCGAGGAUUUUUGGCCGGUUGGCGGAUCCGAACGGCGCCAACAACCCUCUGAGCCAGGUUUUGUAUGGUCUCGCGCUGAGACAUGGCUGGGGAGUUGCACCAGAUCCUGCUGGGGCAGUCCGCUACCUCACAGCAGCCCUAUCAAGCUCAGCAUCCAUUGAGGAACUAGCUCUCAAGGCUGGUUUGAAGAAAGGAGGUGCCGCCAAGGGAGAGCUGGUCCUAGCCAUCUUCGAGCUGGCCAACUGCUUCCGCCACGGCUGGGGCAUAAACAAAGAUCCAGUAGCAGCUAAACAGUAUUAUGAGACUGCUGCCAACCUUGGAGACGCUGAUGCCAUGAACGAGGUUGCAUGGUGCUAUCUCGAGGGCCACGGUUGUAAGAAAGACAAGUACGCAGCAGCUCGCUACUAUCGUAUGGCCGAGAAGGCAGGAAACAAGACUAUUGGGAACUCAUGGAUAUGGAAGGAGAAAUACGAUCCCAACGGUAAGAAG